AAAAAAGAAACCCAUGUCUUAAGGAAUGUUGAUGAGCGACUCAAUAGACAAAAUGAUGAAACUCUGUUCCAAAAUACUGAUAAUAGACAACAGGAUGAAACUCAGAUCCAAGAUCCUGAUGAAUGCUAUCUUUUUGAAUCAGACUGA